GAAGGGAGAUGGGGGGUAGACUGAAACAGAAACAGACAAAAAAGUGCAAAUGUCCCCAGUAGAAUGCUGCUCUGAGUUAUCCACGAGCGACGCACAUUCUAUUUUCCUUAGAUAGCAGAGAGACACAGCCAUGGCUUCCAUCAGACCUCUUUCUGCAUUCAAACAGCCCAUUCCCACUUUUGCUCCGUCAAUUUCCUAUAGACAGCAAUUGGAUUGCAUGCCUUCUUCUUCUUCAUCUUCUUCUAUCUAUCCUACGGCUUACUUUUACCUAAGCCGGCCUCAGGGACCAUCUUCUAUAUCUGUUGCAUUCAAUCCGUCAGGAAAGUACGACCUUUCUUUACAUGAUGAUGACGAACAAGAACAAGCAGACUUGCCGCCACCAAUUCCACCAACAGAAGGGAGAUAUGAGGUAGUGAUCGACAAUGACAUCAUACGACGACUCGAUUUGGUUCCCUUCCAAAGUGCAACGGGGAUUACUUCACCUUCCGAUGCUAAGCCAAAGGAGUUCCUUGAACGUACAAUUGGCUUCACCAUUAAUUACACAAGAGAAGAUCAAAACGACCCUCGAGAACUAUCAGAAUUCCCUGAUAUUAGGCUCUGGUUUGUCAGAGUUGACGCUGCUUAUCCAUGGCUCCCUGUUCUAUUGGACUGGCGAGCAGGUGAGCUUGCCCGUUAUGCUGCUAUGUUGGUUCCUCACCAGAUGAGUAUGAAGAAGGGAGUAGUUUUCAACCCAGAGGCACUAGCAUUGUUCGUCAUGAAAAAGGUUUUCAUUGUGUAUUCUUGGUUAAAGGAAAAUGACAUCCCGAUGCCUAGAUUGAAGACGAAGGACAUGGCCAGAAUGCUUGGAUUUGGAAUCGGGGAGGAGCUAUUUGACUUGAUUGAUGAACAAUCAACUUCCCCUUCAUAGAGUUAGAAGACAACAGCCCAUAUUGACCACAAACGACAGGAUAGAUAGUUAAAACACAUUUGCUACCUCUAUAAAAAAAAAUCCACUUUAUGGAUCAUGAAUUCGUCAACAUAUAAAGUAGUUCAAUUGAAGUAACGUCAAGAUCAUCAACAUAAUCCCAGUUAAGAGCAUCUUCCUUGUAGAAGGGAUACAGUUUCCCCAGUGCAACGCAUUCAGGGUUUCGUCAGCGAGGGACUCUGUUAGCUUCCGCAAAAGCACAUGCUGCAAAUUCCUCUUUAUCUUUCCCAUUGUAUUCAUCUUCCCAUAGCUGCGUUUCUACAACUUUUUUUCUUUUUUAA